GGUUAGUUCUAACAGUAUUUUGUGUUUACAGUCAAGACAACUAGAGUGUAAAACAUUUCAAACAAAAACAUUCUUCUUCCAAAGUGUCCAGUUGGAGUUUUUCAAAAUUUUAGUGUUUACCAUAACGUCAGCUUAUGAAGCACAAUUAUGUUUUUAUAUUAAGAUACAAUCCAAAGUUUAAAAUCAUUGUUUGGGACACAACUAUUUCAAGGUCUUAUGAGGAUAUUAGUACUUGUCAUCUUCUUCCUCUACAAGAUUCCUUGUUUGCAGACUACAGUAACGAUGAACUGUGUGCUAGGGAAGGAGAAGUGCCCGGUGGAUGGAGGCUGGACACUAUGGACAAUCUGGGGACCAUGUGAAGGUGAAUGUGGAGCGGUUGGUAGGCAAAUUCGGACCAGGACCUGUACCAACCCUCAUCCUGACAGCAAUGGAGAGGAUUGUGUGGGUGAAUCGAGACAAUUGAAGCAAUGCAGUGUUGCUGGAUGUAGAUUUGAGCAGUAUGAGAAGCUGUUGUCACAGAACUCUCUGCGGACCCAACAGCUUCAGUUACUGCGGAAACUCUCAGCGUCCCGUCCAUCUUUGUUGUCCAAGUGCCUCACCAGCUCCUGUGAGUUUCAGGACGUGAUGGAUUCCUUACCUACUUCUCCUGAUGAGUUUUGGAAUGCUCUUCUAUGCGUGAAGAAAAACACAGGUUGCCCAGUUUCAGGUGGCUGGGGGGGGGAGUGGUCAGGUUGGACCAGAUGCUCAGCUGUCUGUGGUGAAGGUCAAAGAAUGAGAUGUCGAGUGUGCUGUGAUCCUCCUCCAUCUUCUGCAGACCACGGAUGCCCAGGUGACUCUUGCAUGUAUGAACCAUGCAACGGUAAUGAUUGUAAAAUACCUCCAGGUCAUAAGGCAGAAGGUGCAUGGAGCGAAUGGUCUGAAUGGUCAAAAUGUAAUCCUCCUUGCAAUUUUGGAAUAUCCAGACGCAGCAGAAUUUGCCGGAAGGAGCGCCAAAACCAGAAAAGAAAGUCUAUUUCUGAAGAUGGAUACAUGAAUAGUUUUGAUUAUAAAUUACUAUGAUGUGUAUUAUGAUAACAAUUUGGACAAGUAUGAUCUCGAUGGGAAACCUUAUGACUACGAUCCAGAGGUUGCUGAAGAAUCAAAACAAAUAUUAUAAGAGUAUUAAAAAGAGACGACGAUAAGUGUGACCAUCAUAUUGAAUUUUACUCAACAGAAGAUGAUGAAGAAGAAUAUUCUUCCAGUUUAUCUCUGUAUGCAAGCACUAGUGAAGAUCAAGUAAUACUUGAAACCAACUAAACAUAUAAAAGAUGUUGAAUCAACUAUUCAAAACGCAAGAUCUUGAACUAUCGUCACAGAUUCAAAAUCUUGAGCUCUCUUCACAGAUACAAGAUUUUGAACCAUCCUCACCCACACAAGAUUUUGAACUAUCUUCAGAGGCGAAAAAUCUUGAAAUAACUACAGAAGAGGAAAAUGAAGUUGACUUUUUACCUAAAACUAGUUAUGAAGAUGUGCAAAAUAAGUUUCAUACAGAUUAUGAUGAAACUGUAUCACUAACACCUCACAAACUGAGUACUUUAGCAUUAUUGACAUCAGAAGCAAUUAAAAAUACAUUUUCAGAAUCUGAAAAUUCUGAAAAUGUGUUUUCUGACGUUACGGAAAAACACAUUAUUAGAGUCCGACACUAGUAAUAAAGUGUUUUCUGAUGUUACGGAAAACACAUUAUUAGAGUCCGACACUAGUAAUAAAGUACAUGUCAGUGAUAAGACUUUCAAAACGUCCACAAAAUCAAGUAAGUUAAAACCCACAGGAAUUUUCACAAAGCUUAAAGAUAAAUCAAGUACUUCAGGUAUCAUUCGAAAAGAACUACUUUGUCUUUUGGACACAGACAACUACAGAAGCACAAGUAAGGUGUCAAGUGAUGGGAGGGACAACUUUGAAAGAUGGUGAAGAAUGUAAAGGUGCGUACGAUAGUGACCAAGACGCAAGGGAGGGGACAAUGGAACCUGAAUGCACAGGCGAGCUCUACAAGGGGAGUUUCUUGCAAAAGCCAGCCAUUGCAGGCAAAACUCGUAGUAUGCAGUCUGACCACUUUGUCAACGUCUGAAAUAACUGAAGACACACCUGGUCAAAGUUCUACUCUCUUGGAGAAACCAACCAUUACAGGCAAGACUGGUUAGUAUGCAGUCUGAUGCUUUGCCAACGUCUGAAAUGACUGAAGAGACGUCUGAUGAAAAUUCUACUCCCAUGCAAAAGCUAACCAUUACAAAAAAGUCUGGAACCCUUCAUUCAAAAUCUGUGCCAACAUCUCAAAUUAUUACAAAAACAACUAUGGAAAAAUCUACUUCUGAUGUUGUUACGCCUAACCCUUGCGAAAAAAACUGAUGACCCUCUAUGUAUAAUUUUUUACAGCUACACAUUUCAAAACAACUACUGGCAAUACAGAAAAACUAACAGCGUCUUUGACAACAGAAAUCAGUGAAAUUACAAUGGCUUUGACAACAGAAAUUAGUGAAAUUACAACUGCUUUGACAACAGAAACCAGUGAAAUUCCGCAAACUACACUAAACCUUUCAUCGGCUCCCACAACUGAAAUACCAACCGAAAAUAUAUCUUCAACUCUGUACACAACCUCUGGCACCGGUUUGAUUCCUAAUAACGAUACAGAUUUAGAAAAUAAUACAGAGCCUACUGGUGUCAGUUGUGAUCUGAAGAAAGUUCUCCAGUUGCCAAGCUUUGAGAGCAGCUUUGAGAUUGAGGAUUGUAUGGGUCCCGUUUGAAGAGGUUAAACCAUGCAAUGUCAAUUUUUU